AUGUCCUCCGCCGUCUUCCCUUCAAGCGUCGUCGCCGGAAUCGAGCCUCUAGUUCCCUUCAAAGACGUACCAAACUCCGAGAAGCUGAACCUAUUCGUCUCCAAAGUCAGCCUCUGCUGCGUCACGUUCGAUUUCUCCGACCAAACCAAGAACUCAAUCGAGAAAGACGUGAAGAGACAGACACUCCUCGAGCUUCUCGAGUUUGUGUCUUCAUCCUCCGUUAGGUUCAGCGAGCCAGCGAUCCUCGCGAUGUGUAGGAUGUGCGGUGUGAAUCUCUUUAGGGUUUUUCCUCCGAGUUACCGGGAGAGUGAUGAUGAUAAUGAGCCGUUGUUUGAUCCCUCUUGGCCUCAUUUGCAGAUUGUUUACGACCUCUUGCUUAAGUUUAUUACAUCUCCUUGUCUUGAUGCUAAGUUGUGUAAGAAGUAUCUAGACCAUGGGUUUAUAGUUAAGCUUCUUGACUU